AUGAUCAAACUGGCCAACACAGAGGAGCACGUCAAAAACUAUCGACCUCAACUGCUUGUGCUCACUGGCAAUCCUGCCGCAAGACCGUCAUUGGUUGAUUUCGUUUACAAUAUCACCAAAGGAUCAAGUCUUAUGAUUUGUGGCUAUGUUGUGCCGUAUGCUCCGUGUGAUCGCGUAUUUGCUGUGAUCAAAACGUUGGAUAGGCAGCUGAAUGCAUGGCUCAAAAAACGUCACGUGAAGUCG